UUGGAUCUAAAAGACAAGUGGACGACUUGGAAGAGUUGAUUAUUGAGGUUAACUCCAUAUGAGUUAUGGGGAAGAAGCUGUCUAGGUAAGACAGAGGAUUUGGUAUAUUUAAAGUUGAUGGAUCUAGACAGUGCUUUCUGUCGUUUGGAAGAAGUCGCUGCUGAAUGUUUUUUCUAAUGAUGAUAAUUUUAUUAGUAAAGUAGUUCAUAAAGUCAUUGCUGCUGAGAUUUAAGGGCAUAGUAGACUCAACACAGCUAUGACUCUUUGUCAGCCUGGCUACAGUGCUGAAAAGAAACCUGGGGUUGUUUUUGUUUUCCUCAAUUAGGGAGGAAUAAUAUGUUUUUCUAGGAGCACAAAGUGCUUUUUUAUAUUUUAUUAGACUGUCCUUCUAUGCAAUUCCGUUUACAUUUAUUUUGUUGGAACGCCACUGUCUUUCUAGUUGUCUGGUCCUGUGCUUUAGGCUGCGGAUCUCUGAGUUUUACCACGGAGCUAACCUCCUCUGAUUCACUGCCUUGUUCUUCAGAGGAGCCACUGUGUCUAACGUUGUACGUAGAGAGGCUGCAGCAUCAUCUACAAGACAGUCGACCUGUUCAUAAGGAUCAAAGUGACUGUUCUCCUCUGUGUAUCUACAAGACAUUGAGGCAAAAAAUGAUGGAAUCAUCUGCUUGAAUCUGGCAACAGCAUUGUCAGAUAAACAUCUGCUAUAGUAACAUUUCUUUCCAGCUAUUGUAAGGUCAAUUAUGCUAAAUUCAAAAGUUAAUAAGAAAUGGUCAGAUAACAGAGGGUUUUGGGGAAGAACUAUUAAAUUAUCAAUUUCAACCCCAUAUGUCAGGACAAGAUCGAGGGUAUGGUUAAAACGAUGAGUGGGGUUCAUUUACCUGCUGUGUAAAACCAAUAGUGUCUAUUAGGGAGUUAAAAGCAGUGCUGAGACAGUUGCUGUCAACAUCUACAUGAAUGUCAAAGUCUCCCACUACAAUGACUUUAUCUGUUCUAAGAACUAAGUCAGAUAAGAAUUCAGAGAAUUCAGUUAAGAACUCUCAAUAUGGAGCAGGAGGAUGAUAAACAAUACAAAACACAACUGGCUUCUGGGUUUUAAAGUCAGGGUGAGAAAGGCUCAGCGUGAGGCUCUCAAAUGAGUUAUAACUAUGUUUAGGUUUAGCAGUAAUUAAUAAAUCCGAGUUAUAAAUUGCUGCUACUCCUCUACCUGUACUUCUAGGAACAUGAUGGUUGAUGUGACUCAUUGGAGUCGACUCAUUUAAAGUAACAUUCAUCCUGCUGCAGCCAGGUUUCAGGGAGACAGAACAGAUCUAUGUGAUGGUCACUUAUGAAGUCAUUUAUUAAUAAGGAUUUAGAUGAGAGAGAUCUGAUAUUUAAUAAACCACACUUUAUUAUAUUAAAAUAAUAAGAGGAACCGUUUUGAUGUUUAUUAAAUUUUGGUAAGUCACUCCUCUUUGAUUUGUUUGUGACUUGUUAAGUUUAGGUGGUCGGGGAGCAGACACAGUCUCUAUCUAAGACUAAGAAGGGGUGGCGGCUGUAGAGAACAUGCAGAGAGGCGUGUAAGACACUGUGUCCUGGGCUCCACUCUGAGUUGUCAUGGCGUGGCCAUGUUGCUAUAAACCAGAGAUCACCAUGCAAAGUGGGAUGGAGGUAAAAGUAUAGUUUGCGAGUGUUUUCUCUUUUCUAACAUUUUCAGAUCCUUAGUUUGGUACUUUUGUAAGUCUGUGCUUUAACACAUUUCUGAUUUACAAAGAAUAUUUUUUACAUGAAUGUUUUCCAGAGACUCAUUUGUGUUUUAGAGGACUUUAAAGGUUUAGGCUAGAUUUCUGUGAUUUAUAUUCAGGUAUAAUGUGUGAUUAAAAUAUAGAAAAUACAAUCUGAACCCAAAACAACUUCUUGACAAAUACUUCAACUGCUACGUCCAGUUGGUACCUAUAGCCCUGUUAAAUGUUCUGAAAUACAGUAUCAGCUACAUCAAAACAAUUGUGAUAAAUCUUUAUCUUUAGGAACAAUAUAAAACAAACAGAGUCGACAAAAACACUAACUUGUUAGAUAUUAAAAAAAUAUUCUAUUAUAUUCUAUUUAUUCUGGUAUGGGAAUACGAGCGGCUCCGCCCGAACUUUCGCCCGCAUGAGGGCGGUCCAGACAAGAGCCCGCUCCCGUGCUGCGUUUGUGAUUUCGGAUGUUUUCCGUACACGUCACUGUUUUAUUAAUCUAGUGUAUUUUAAUAUAACGCCAAUUUACACUCAACAGAAGUCAUCUCACAGAAAACCACACAGGAAGCCCAAUAUAUUUUAUCGGCGUUUUCAUUAAAAACUAUUAAGUCAUUAAAAAUGUUAUUUGCAUAUAAAUAUUUAAAUAGCUUUAAUAGCAACAAAACCCAAAUAAAAGCGAUUGGCUGCUCACAGGGGUUCGUAGAGGGUAAUAAAUAAAAAAGGGUGGGGAAUAGUUUAAAUUUAUUGUCGUUAUCUAAAAGGAAAAAUGUUAGCUUAAGACAAUUAGGCGAACAUUUGUUGAGUGUUAGGAUUACCCUGGUACAGUGAACGCAGCAUAGUUUGGAGCGAUUCGACCACUCACAACGAGUCUACGGAAAUUCCGUUGGGUCAAAUCGUCGUUAAACCGAACGCGACAGUCUGACAUUCUUUCCGUGGCAAUAAGGUGACAAUGCGUCCGUUAUUUAAGACGAAGAAAAGGGCUGCUUGAUGAUUUGAUUGCUGGUGAAGUUCGCAGAUGGUCGAAAACGACGACAGUUUGAUGAUCAUAGAACGGUUCUGGUGGCAGCUUCAAGGAGACUAGUGCGAUGCUACGUAGGCAACUGGAAGAAACGGGCUUUUCAACCAUGAGAGAAAGUGUGUGAGCGUCCGGGUCGUGUCUUAAUCAACGUGGUCUCUGUCCGGCGACGCUUCGGGGAAUGGCAGGUCGAAGCCGAAGAGCCUGGUUCAGCGUUCUGCUGGGACUCAUUCUCGGCUUUACUCUGGCUUCCAGGCUGAUUUUACCGAAGGCGACAGAGUUGAAGAAAGCUGGCCACAAACAUAAAGCGAACCCUCCCGGUUGUGGAGUGAACGGGAGUCCAGGGAAGGAAGGCAGCGCAGGGUUAAGGCCACCGAGAGAUAACGGAUCACCGGCGACGCAGCAACCGAGUUCCCGGUCCAGUAAUUUCCUGUUUGUUGGUGUCAUGACGGCCCAGAAGUACCUGAACAACAGAGCAGUGGCGGCGUACAGGACAUGGGCGCAGACAAUUCCAGGCCAUGUGGAGUUUUUCUCCAGUGAAGGCUCAGAUGUCUCCAUACCUAUUCCCAUAGUUGCUCUAAGGAAUGUGGAUGACUCCUAUCCACCCCAAAAAAAGUCCUUUAUGAUGCUGAAGUACAUGCAUGACCACUAUCUAGACAAGUACGAGUGGUUUAUGAGGGCGGACGAUGACGUCUAUAUUAAGAGUGAGAGACUGGAGAAUUUCCUGCGGAGCCUUAACAGCAGCGAUGCCAUCUUCCUUGGCCAAACGGGAAUGGGAGCCAGAGAUGAGCUGGGAAAACUGGCCCUGGAGCCUGGUGAGAACUUCUGCAUGGGGGGUCCAGGGGUCAUCAUGAGCCGUGAGGUCCUCAAGCGAAUGGUUCCUCACAUCAGAGAGUGUUUACAAGAGAUGUACACCACUCAUGAAGACGUGGAGGUGGGCCGCUGUGUUAGGAGGUUUGCUGGUGUCCAGUGCGUCUGGUCAUAUGAGAUGCAACAGCUCUUCUAUGAGAACUAUGAACCAAACAAAAAGGGCUACAUACGAGAUCUUCACAACAGCAAGAUCCACCGAGCCAUCACCCUUCACCCCAAUAAAAAUCCUCCCUACCAGUAUCGCCUGCACAGCUACAUGCUAAGUCGCAAGAUUGCAGACCUGCGCCACCGAACCAUUCAGCUUCACCGUGAGAUUGUCCAGAUGGGACGCUAUGGAGCAGCCGAGCCUGGCCGAGAGGACCUCCAGCUCGGCAUUCCGCCCUCGUUCAUGCGCUUUCACCCACGGCAGAGAGAAGAAGUUCUGCAGUGGGAGUAUCUGACGGGGAAGUACCUGUUCUCGAUGUCUGAUGGCCAACCCCCCCGUCGAGGAAUGGACUCCUCCCAAAGACAGGCCCUGGAUGACAUCAUCAUGCAAGUCAUGGAGAUGAUCAAUGCCAACGCAAAGACAAGGGGACGGGUCAUUGAUUUCAAGGAAAUUCAGUACGGCUACCGGAGGGUCAAUCCCUUAUACGGCGCAGAGUAUGUCCUGGAUCUGCUUCUGUUAUACAAGAAGCACAAAGGAAAGACGAUGACGGUUCCUGUGAGGAGGCAUGCUUACCUACAGCAGACGUUUAGCCAGAUUCAGUUCAGAGAAGAGGACGAGAUGGACGCCAGAGCUCUGGCCAGUCACAUUAACAAGGAGUCGGACUCCCUCUCGUUUCUGUCAAACUCUCUCAAGAUGCUGGUGCCUUUCAAACUGGCCACGUCUGGUCAGGACCAGAGAGAACCAAAGGAGAAGAAGGUCAACAUCUUAGUACCUUUGUCUGGACGUUAUGAUAUUUUUGUUCGCUUCAUGGCCAACUUUGAACGCAUUUGUCUGAUCCCCAACCAGAAUGUCAAGCUUUUGAUCCUGCUGUUUAGCACAGACAACAACACAGAGCGGGUUAAGCAGGUGGAACUCAUGCGGGAGUAUCACAUGAAGUACCCACGAGCUGAGAUGGAGAUAAAGCCAGUUGCCGGCUCCUUCUCCAGGGCCGUGGCUUUGGAAGUGGGCUCCUUACAUUUCUCCAAUGAUUCCCUGCUCUUCUACUGUGAUGUGGAUCUGCUGUUUUCCAGUGAAUUCCUUAAGCGGUGCCGGACAAAUACAGUCCAGGGUGAGCAGACUUACUUCCCAAUAAUCUUCAGCCAGUAUGACCCUAAGGUGGUGUAUGCAGGGAAGGUGUCCAGCAACAACCAUUACGUGUUCACCUCCAAGACGGGCCUGUGGAGGAACUACGGCUUCGGGAUUGUUUGUGUGUAUAAGGGCGAUUUGGUCCAGGCCGGAGGCUUUGACACCUCCAUUCAAGGCUGGGGAUUAGAGGAUGUGGACCUGUUUAAUAAGUUUGUCCAGUCUGGAAUUCGGCUGCUCAGAAGCACAGACACAGGGAUAGUGCAUGUUCACCACCCAGUGAUGUGUGACCCCAACCUGGAGGUAAAGCAAUACAAAAUGUGCCUGGGUUCCAAAGCCUCAUCCCAUGGCUCCACCCAGCAACUAGCCGAGUUGUGGCUGGAGAAGAACGACCAUGGCUUUAGGAGACCGCUCAGCAAUAAUGGUUCCGUUAGAACGGCUUGAGAACACGGCUUCUUCUUCUUAGUGGUGUUUUCACUGCCUAAUUUAUUUUUUACUCCAAUAAGACAUCACAUCCGUAUAUUUUGAAAAAUUUCUUAAUUAGAUACAGCAAAUUCAAAAUUAUCGAUUCAAUCAUCAAACUGACGCCCAGUACACCUAGCAGGAGUCCAGAGCAAUGCCGAUGACUGCCCCUGAUGACAUGGCGUUGGCGGCUCCUCACUGAAGAACGGCGUCGGGAUGAUCCUGGAUGCGUGAAACUCCAGCUCUGCGACCGUUGGCUCCACUUUUGAUUUCCUUUACUGAGGCUUUCUUUCCAUUUGGUUUUUAUUGUUGUUUAUUUUCACCAUGAUGUGUUUUUGUAUUUUUAUUAAUUUUUGUUCUGCUGGAUCUAAUAUCUGCAAUUUUCUGUUUUGUUAUCUAAUUUAUUGAGUUUGCAGACUCUAUAUUCUCUUAGUGUUCAAAUGUAUAUUGAAAAGAUUGUAUAACCAUGUCGGUUUGUUGAGUUUCUUUUUUCUACUAAUCACCAAAGAGUUUUGCACAGUCUGCUUUUAGUAUCAUUGUGCGUGUGCUUUGCAAGCACAAACAACAACCAUGACACUCGCUGUAUACUACAGAGCAAACACUCCAUCCCUCCCAGGCUUUGUGUGGCGUGAGAACCGGACCGUCUUUAUUUCCGGAUCAAUUUUCAGAUUCAUAACGUACAAUCCUGUAUAUCGUGAGUCUUCUGGGUUAAUGCUGGUUUAACAGGAUGAAUAACUGUUUUUGAGUAACUUUUUUUACCAUUUUCUUCUUCAACUUUGCCUGGAUGAGGUUUUCUAAUUAAGAAAUAAAACGGGGAAACUUAC